AAUGUUGGUCCCUCAUGUUGAUCCUUGUCAGCAGGGGUGCAGAGUCUCCUAAAUAAGCCACGAUGGCUUAGUGUCAACCAAGCUUUGCCUUAUGUUCUUCCUAGGGUUGAUGUUAUACGGAUAUGGCUUCAUUAUAAACCAGUUACGCAUCAGAUCUUAAGCCUUUCUAAUUUUCUUAUUUCUUACAUCUUAAAAAACAGAAGACCACCUCAAUAAGACAUUUUAAGAUGUAAAGUGGAAAAAUGCCCUUCGGUCCUUUCAAUGCUAAGAGGCAGAGCGGAUGAAAAGGGGGGUGUGGAGUUACUGAAGUAGGAUCAUAACUCGGAUUUAUCGUUUGUGCUUUUCUAGGUACCAGACAGUUUUACUAUUUAUAGACCACUGUGAAUGAGCUGUGUUAUCUCACAGCAUGUUAACAGAGAGCAAAUGCCAUGCCUUAAAGAUUGCACCUGUGUGUGGUUCUUGAAAAGCCUGGGAGUUGUAAUCCCAAUAUAGCUGGAGCAUUUCAGGUUGGCCGGCUCACAAAAGUAGACCACCAAGCUAGUAGUCAUUGGAAAGUUGGUUUUGCAAUCCUGGACGCUCAACACAAACUCUGCAGCCACUGGCUUUGGAUGGGUCUCUCAACCUAUGUUAGGUUAGCCUGCCUGUUACGGCUGACUUCAUGACCAGCUACUUGGAAAGAGCAGAUGAUGGACAACUUUACAUGCACCCAGAAGGACAAUCGUGUGGUUCCAGUCGUGUGCUUCCAUUGGAAGGAACUGAAUUCUGUGGCUUCUGAACUGGCUGCCCGUCAGGAGGAAAGCGAACAUUCGCACAAGCAUUUAAUUGAACUCAGCCAGGAAUUUAAAAGAAAUGUACCAGAGGAGGUUCGAGAUAUGGUGGCUCCUGUCUUAAAAAGUUUCCAGGCAGAGGUGGUUGCUCUCAGCAAACGGACCAAGGAAGCCGAGGCAGCGUUCCUGAGUGUUUACAAGCAAUUACUCAAAGCCCCAGAUCCUGUGCCCAGCCUUGAAGGGCGGCACCAGCCACUCCACUGCCUUGGCCCCGAGAAACCCCCGUUGAAGGAGUUGAACCGGACCUGGAAGAAGGAGCUGCUGUUCCCCAAAGAGCAAAAAGAAGGAACCCUCCCUGGUGGACUGGCGGUUUCAGAGGCCAAGCUUGCUGGGCUCAACAGCAAAGCCUUGCUGACCGACUCCUUGUUGCAGAGAAAUGAGGUUGAGAAGCAAAAGGGCCUUCAAGAAGCCCAGUUCACUUUGGCCAGCCGGCUGGGGGAAGCAGAAGAGAAGAUCAAAGUCCUGCAUUCAGCACUAAAGGCUACCCAGACGGAGCUGGUUGACCUGCGAUGUAAAUAUGACGAAGAGGCAGCUUCCAAGACAGAUGAAGUGGCCAUGAUUAUGACAAAUCUUGAAAAAGCCAACCAGAGAGCUGAGGCUGCCCAGAGGGAGGUGGAGAGCCUGAGGGAACAGCUUGCCGCUGUAAACAGCUCCCUUCGCUUGGCUUGCUGUUCUCCCCAAGGACCAAGUGGGGACAAAGUGAAUUAUUCUUUGUGCCCGGGUCCACGUCUAGAGGCCGCCCUGGCCGCCAAGGAUCGGGAAAUUCUUCGGCUUCUCAAGGAAAUUCAACAUUUGCAAAACUCCAUGCAAGAAAUGGAGGAUUCUUCAGCCAAUCAGAUUGCAGACCUGGAACGGCAGUUGGCAGCCAAAAGCGAGGCCAUCGAAAAGUUGGAAGAAAAACUUCGUGCUCAAUCAGAUUACGAAGAGGUCAAGACAGAACUGAGCAUUUUGAAAGCAAUGAAGCUGGCCUCCUCCGAUUGCAACCUGUCCCAGAGUAUCUCAAAGCCCUCCGAUGCCCUGUUUCUGGAAAAAGACUCCUUCUACGCAUCUCGGAAGUAUCUCUUGGAAAAACCAACCCUCGCCACCAGUCCUGAGGAGGACGCCUCGGAAGACGAGUCGGUGAAGGACUCCAUGGGCCCCGAGCAAUCUUACCCGUCUCCCCAGCAGCUCCUGCACCCGCCUAGGGAAGACUCCACCUCCCCUCCGCUUCUCCAGCCCCUGCUGGCCCCCACUGUAGCUCUGGAGAUGGGCCCCCCAGGCUACAAGAGUGAGAACAGCAGCACGGGCAGCUUCCCCUCCGCCUUCUAUGCUGCCAAAGGGAUGGUGCUGCCCACGAACCCCAACGACGGGAGCCCCCCGAGUGACCAGUCGGAAGGCAGCAAUCCCAGCUCAGCCGACGAGGAGCAACUGGACACAGCGGAGAUCGCUUUCCAGGUGAAGGAGCAGCUGCUGAAGCACAACAUUGGCCAACGCGUCUUCGGACAUUACGUCCUGGGCCUCUCGCAGGGCUCGGUCAGUGAGAUCCUGGCCCGGCCCAAGCCUUGGCGCAAGCUGACCGUCAAAGGGAAAGAGCCCUUCAUCAAGAUGAAGCAGUUCCUCUCCGACGAGCAGAAUGUCCUAGCGCUGAGAACGAUUCAGGUGCGCCAGAGAGGAAGCAUUACGCCAAGGAUUAGGACUCCAGAAACUGGUUCAGACGACGCCAUCAAGAGUAUCUUAGAGCAGGCCAAGAAAGAGAUUGAGUCCCAGAAAGGAGGGGAGGCGAAGAGCACCUGCGCGCCCCAGGCAGCCACCAACGGCAUCAGCACCAGCAGUUCAGAAGACGCCAUCAAGAACAUCCUGGAACAGGCCCGUCGCGAGAUGCAAGCUCAGCAACAGGCCUUCCUUGAGAUAGAAUCCGGCAGCCCCAGCCAACCCAUCUCCACGCCCCCUGCAGAGCCCUCUCCUUUGUCCUCCUUCAGCCAGAACAUUGUCCGUGCCUACAUCAAGCAGGAAGAAGGGGGUGGGCUGGGCCCCAACGCCAGCGGCAGCAGCUGCAGUGCGACCCCGGCCCCUCUGACGGUGCUCUCCCCUGCAGCCUUUGUGCAGAACAUCAUCCGCAAGGUCAAGUCCGAGAUUGGGGACUCCGGCUCCUACUUUGACCAGCACUGGGCGUCUGACAGGAACCUCCUCAACCGGCCUUUCACCUCGGUGUCACCCUCCCUCUCUUCCUCGUCCAGCUACUCCAGCAUGGCCAACGGACGAGGGUGGCCACGAGGUGAACCUGGGGACUCUGGCCCAAACGAGGAAGACUUGCCCACCUCGGAAGAUGAACCCCACCGGGUGCUAGAAGUCAAGUCAGAAGUGGUGGGUUCGGAAGCCCAAGGAACUGGGCGCUUGUCUUACUACCCAUCCUAUGUGCCAAGGACUCUCAAGCCCACCGUCCCCCCCUUGACCCCUGAACAGUACGAGAUGUACAUGUACAAGGAAGUGGACACCUUGGAACUCACACGGCAAGUCAAGGAGAAGUUAGCCAAGAACGGGAUCUGCCAACGCAUCUUUGGGGAGAAGGUCCUGGGGUUGUCACAAGGCAGCGUGAGCGACAUGUUGUCCAGGCCCAAACCGUGGAGCAAGCUCACCCAGAAGGGACGGGAACCGUUUAUCCGGAUGCAGCUUUGGCUCUCCGACCAGCUGGGCCAAAACAUCAGCCAGCAGGCCAGCCUGCCUCAAGCCAGCCCCAGAGAGUCUCGGUCUUCUCCUUCCCCUCCAGCCAGUCCUUCUGAGCAAGAGAAAAGCCCCCCGGAGGCCCUGAGCCUUGCCCUGGAGAGCAGCAAAGAAAACCAGCAGCCAGAAAGCAAAGCCAGCUCCUUGCUGAGUGGCAAAAUGUGCCCCAACCACCACCACAACUCCGUGGGCAUCCAGGAGAUCGUGGCCAUGUCCCCCGAGUUGGACACCUACUGCAUCACUAAGAAAGUCAAGGAGGUGUUAACCGACAACAACCUUGGUCAGCGCCUUUUCGGAGAGAGCAUCCUGGGUCUGACGCAGGGAUCGGUCUCCGAUCUCCUUUCAAGGCCCAAGCCUUGGCAUAAACUGAGCCUUAAGGGAAGGGAACCCUUUGUCCGCAUGCAGCUCUGGCUGAACGACCCUCACAACAUUGACAAGCUCCGGGACAUGAAAAAGCUGGAGAAGAAAGCGUAUCUGAAACGUCGUUAUGGGCUGAUCAGUGCCGGCUCGGACAGCGAGUCCCCCAACCCUCGUUCCGAGUGCCCCAGUCCCAGCCUUCAGCUGCAAGACCUCAGCCUCCUGCAGAUCAAGAAGCCAAGGGUGGUCUUGGCUCCAGAGGAGAAGGAGACCCUGAAGAGGGCCUACCAGCUGGAACCGUACCCCUCCCAGCAGACGAUAGAGCUGCUCUCCUUCCAGCUCAACCUCAAGACCAACACGGUCAUUAACUGGUUCCACAAUUACAGGUCUCGGAUGCGCCGAGAGAUGCUGGUGGAAGGAAGCCAGGACGAUACAGACGCAGAGCAGAGCGCGACCCCCGCUGACCCUUUGCUCAAGGUGGCCCAGCCCCAGAGCCCCGAUUCAGAAGGGGAGGACCAGAAACCCACCUUCAGAAGUGUGGAGUGCCAAGGAGAAUGCAAAGCGCUGGUGGAAAUCAAGGAGGAGCAGCUGGAGGCUGGUGACAAAGACGAUGGGGGCAGCAGUAGAGACUCCUGUAGUCCAGAAGGCGAGGUAGAGCCCGUAUCCGAAUCCAGCCCCAGGGAAGAGCCUGGUUGUGUGAGCCCACAUGAAGCUCCCAGCCUCACCUGGGCCAGCACCCUACGUGGCAAGACACACCUGCCCGGGGGCCACAACUAUUCCAGUUUCCAUAACCCCGUGGAGACCGACUGCCACGAGAGGUCUCCCUUGGACCCCGUUAGCUUUAAAUCCGCUUCAGAGUCCUCCCGUUGCAGCCUGGAAGUUUCUCUAACCUCUCCGUCCGCCGCUUCCUCACCGGGACUCCUGAUGUCUGUCUCUCCCGUCCCAUCCUCCUCAGCUCCCAUCUCCCCCUUGCCGGUGAACGCCGCAGCCACCAAAGGGCAGAGUGCCAGCCCGGCCGCAGAUACAGGCACCGCGCCGCCCACUGCAAAACUGACUACGAACAUCCAGCGGCGGAACGAGAAAAUGGCUAACCUCAACAGCAUAAUUCAUCGGCUGGAAAGAGCUGCCAACCGCGAGGAGACUCUGGAGUGGGAAUUUUGAAGGGCUAAACGGAAAAAAGAAAAUAAUCAGAACCGAAUACCUAAAUAAUGUUGUCUGGGUUCUAAACUCCACGGAACAUGUGGACAAAGCAGGGAGUCCUAGCAGAGUGUAUAGAAAAAAAGAUCUAUAAAUAUAUAUAUAUAUAUAUAUAUAUAUACAUAUAUAUAUAUGAACACACAUACAAACAUAUUUUAUUAAUUUCAUCAAGUCUAAGGAAGAGCCAAAAAAAAAAAUCAGCUGCAUUUUCUUGAACGUGAGAGAUCGCUGCUCUUUCUUAGCUCCUGAAGGUAACCGAAAACCGACUUUUGGGGGUUUUAAAUGUGAAAAGAGACACACAGGAACAAACUGAGAACACUUUUAGAAGGGAAAAAAUAUUAAAAUAAUAUUUAUAGACCUCUUUUAGAUAUUUUAAUAAAAGGAAACUUUGGAAUUUAUUAACAGCUCAAGCUGCUUUGAUAUUAAAAGAUAAACUGUAUCAGUUGUAUCAUUAAAUGCCCACUGAAAGUCUUGUAGUUUGCCACUGGAUGAGAUUAAAGAGGAAAAAAAACAAUUAAAUUUUAAAAAAUAGGAACCUUGGCUCAUUGAUCCAAGCCAUCAAGAAGCACUAGGAGACUGACCAAAACUUUACUAACCUUGAUUGGCAGACUCUGCGUUUGUCUGUAAGACCUUCCUCCGCUACACCCGUCAAGAAACUCUGGUCUUGUAGUCCACGAAGACUCUAAAUUUGGAGCCCCCUUGAGUCUGCUAUUUAGUUUGAGUGGUACGUUUCCUUCCUUUUUAUUUCCUUUUUCUUUCUUUCUUUUUGGGGCAACACAACAACAACAACAACAAAAGAGAGGUGUUGCAUGCUGUUGUAUGGAAAUACGUUUUCCAGGGCCUUGUUGAACAAGAUGUACACCAAUUCCAGAGAAUGCCUUUCUCACCUUUAGAAAGUGGGCAUUCAGAAAGGGUUUUUUUUCUUUUCUUUCCCACUUAAAAAAAGCAUCUUUUGUUUCCAAAAAAAGGUGCAUUUGCUAAAUCGAACAGUCUGUUAUGAGUCUGGUUUCUGCCCGGGAAGACUUUAAAGAGAAUUACGACACUUUUUUUUUUUUUUUUAAAGCAUGAAAAUAGUCCCUGCCUGCUUAGCUCAAAAUUUCAGGUUUGGAGGAAAGCAUGUAUUUUGACACGUUUUGACACGGAGCACCAAAACAGAAUAGAAAAUGUUUGCCCCUUGGAGUAGCGGCAAAUAAAUUUAAUCAUAACAGUGUCCUAUGAAUUCCCCCCACCCCCCAUUUAUUCAAGGCUUGGGAGAAAAGGUGAAGGUUAAAGCCAGGCCCAGCUCCUCCUCCCCUUCUCCAAAGGCCUGCUCUGGAUCCAUCUUCCGUGCCAGAAAGGAGGAAGGAAGGAAGGAGCCGAAGGAUGGAAAUAGCCAGUUUGGGUAGGAGGCUGGUCCUGGAUUAUUUAAGUAAUUCCCAUCAAUUUGACUUUUAUCUCAAAACUAGAUGAAGAGCUGAUGGGACUGUCUCCGAACUCGCAGGUUUCUUCCUUAGAUGGAAGUUUUCCACCAGAUGUUUUCAUCAUUUGAAGAGACCUUAACUGCAGCCCUGUCUUCUUCAGUUUUUAAUGGAGUUGAGUGAUCUCCUCACGCUUUUCAUCCAUCCAUUGAUUUAUUCUCCCAGAUGUGAUAAAACCUUUUUGAAUCUAAUUUACAAGCAGGGAAAGAGAAACCAGUUACCUCCCUCACACCAAAAAAUAUGUAUGUUUGGCCUUCCCAUUACGUGUAUUUUGUUUUAUCAGAACUGAAAGUAUUUUUAUACAUUUAAUGCUCCUUAUUUCACCCAGAAAUUCUGGUCUAUUUGUCCGCCUGAAACACCUGGAAAUAUCACUUACCUAGAAACCCCCUGAACGAAUUCAACUUCUGCCUAUCCAAAUAAAAUGUGGAGUGGGGUCCAUUAAUUCUUCUUCACCAAAGGCUCCAGAUUAGUUUUAAUGGAACAGGAAUUAUUAUUAUUAUUAUUAUUAUUAUUAUUAUUAUUAUUAUUAUUAUUAUUUUAACUAAGCACUUAAGUGUUGGUUCUCUACCGUCGAGAGAGACUGGUUGUAUUCGAAGCUGGCGAGAUGCGUCAGCUCCCUUUUUCUAGGCGCCUGUACUGUACUUUGAAACAAUUUCUACAAGAUUGACCGGAGUUUGUUAAAUACUGAAAAAAGGCCUAUUAUGUUCUGUAAAGAGCCGUUAAAAAAGGAAAAUACAGAAGUUGUAUAACA